CUAAAGGUCUGUUUGGUUUCCUAGCUAAGGCGCCACAAUCUGCCCAACCUUAGUCGCUCGAAUUGAAGAACUAAGGUUAGACAGAAAAGUUAGGCACGUUAUGGCGUCUUAGGUAGCAAACCAAACAGCCCCUAACUACCAGAAGACUUGGAUUAUAUUUUUGACCCAAGCAAGUACUACUAGUUUAGUUUAGUUAACGCAAGCAACUUAAACGACAACGACAAAAGCCAUGUUGGCGCCCACGGCCGCCGCGGUGUCAGCUGCCACUGCCACCACCACCCUCCCAAGGCCACCGCCAUCGUCCAUCGACCUAAGGCGGCCGCUGGAACGAGGCAUGGCGCUCCCCCUGCAACCGUCACUGCCGCCGCCACUGCUGCUGGUCAGUGCCAACAAUAGGCACAAGGCCGUGGUGGUGAUGGGCGCCACGGGGACCGGUAAGUCGCGCCUCGCGGUGGACCUCGCGCUCCAGUUCGGCGGAGAGGUUAUCAAUUCCGACAAGAUCCAGCUACACGCAGGCCUGGAGGUGACCACGAACAAGGUGACGGAGGAGGAGCGCGCCGGCGUGCCGCACCAUCUGCUCGGGGUGGCGCACCCCGACGUCGAGUUCACGGCCGCCGACUUCCGGCGCGAGGCGUCCCGCGCCGCGGGUGCGAUCACCGCGCGCGGCCGCCUCCCGAUCAUCGCCGGCGGGUCGAACUCGUACGUCGAGGAGCUCGUGGACGGCGACGGCCGCGCGCUCCGGGAGGGCUACGACUGCUGCUUCCUCUGGGUGGACGUGCAGCCCGCCGUGCUGCAUGGCUACGUCGCCCGGCGCGUCGAUGAGAUGUGCGCUCGCGGCCUGGUGGACGAGGUCGCGGCGGCCUUCGACCCGCGCCGCACCGACUACUCGCGCGGCAUCUGGCGCGCCAUUGGCGCGCCGGAGCUCGACGCGUACCUGCGGUGGUCGGGAGACGAGGGCGAGCGCGCCCGGCUGCUGGCAGCCGCCAUCGAGGACAUCAAGUCGAACACCCGCCGGCUGUCGUGCCGGCAGCGCGCCAAGAUCCAGCGGCUGGCCAAGCUGUGGGGCGUCCGGCGCGUGGACGCCACAGAGGUCUUCCGGAGGCGCGGCGAUGCGGCCGAUGAGGCCUGGCAGCGGCUCGUUGCCACGCCGUGCAUCGACGCGGUGCGCUCCUUCCUGCGCGACGCCGCCGUCGUCGCUGCGGCCAAUGAUCCGCCGGCAGCCGAAGUAGUGCCCGUGUUUGCUCCCGCGUCGGCAGCUGUCGUCGCAGGAUAACUAAUGACAGCUGCCUUUAACGACGCCAUUAUGUGGUGCUGUGGCAUUAUAUUAGUCGCUAUUUAUCGUUAUAACUAUUAGCUGUUUGAGAAAGGUUAUAACUAAGUAUCGAUCUCACAUUACUGUUUACAAUAUUGAUCGAGAACGAGGAGAAUGACGAGUGAUCGUCAAGUAGUAGUAUCUUACUACGUUAGAACAUGUUCAUGGGACUCCUAAGUACACGAUCUAGCGUUAGGUUCAGAAUGUGGUUAUUAAUUUUUAUUGUAAUAUUGUUUAGCAUACAAUAUAUUUUAAGUAUGACUUU